AUGUCGUUGUGGAAAGGGAGCAAGACAUCGAGCGCGACGAGAGAACAAACUGCACGCGACACCAAGCCUUCACGCAACAUGCUCCACAUCACCACGCCAAACGCCUCGCCCUUCCUCCUCGAGUCGAACGAUGUAGAGCUGUUGUCUCAAAGCGACGGCUUCAGCAUAUUGCGAUCCCAUCUUGCACAGCACUACAAAUACGAACUAUGCGACAAGCACACUCCUGCUCAUCUCGAGAAUCUGGAUCGCUGGCUCAUUACACGCGAUGUUCUGCACGCUCUUCUUGUACCUAUCGUGGAGCUGUUCGACAAAGCUUGUGCUGCCGCCGCUGGUGCCACACAUGCUACGAACCUCGAAGACCUCGAAUACGCCUUUACAGGACAAGCUCGCGGCGCGUUUGUCUGGCUUCAAUGUUUCCUGUCGUCAGAAAAAGAAAGAAAAUGGUGCUACACCCAAGGCUGUCCCGCUUGUGUUGUUGAUCACUCUCUCGACAGCGAAUUCUCCAUCAGACUACUGUAUGCCGCCUGCCUAUUGAGCGACGUACACUACCCUUUCACCAUCGAAGGACCCACCUUACCAUCAUUCAUGUUCUUUCUGGAUUCUCUAAUGAGAGCUGUCGGAGAGGACGAUCUGUUUGGGGACAAUUUCUUCGAGCUUAUGCAGCCAAAAGCUGUCGCCACCAGAGAUGGAGUCGAGGAACUCAUUCGCCAAUGUUUGGAGCUGGAUGCACUCAUCUCACAAGUGAGUACGCCUGAUCCUGCCAGCCCAGCGACUUCUCUUCCCGCAAGUCCAGUGAUGGGUCCGAUUGGAGCCCCAGGCAUCAAAGUCAAGCGCUCAAAGAUGGCUCGAAAACAAAUGAAGCUGAAGGUCGAGGAGGAGCAAUGGAUGGAGAGCAUGCUUCAGCAAUGCCGGGAGCAACUGCAACCAGAACAAGCAGGCGGCGUCACGCUAAUACCGACGCAGAGCCUGGAUGCAGCACUUAAAGCCGAGCCUCGAGCGACAGUGGCCGAAGUGGCACCGGAAUGA